GUGUGUGUGUGUGUGUGUGUGUGUGUGUGUGUGUGUGUGUGUGUGUGUGUGUGUGUGUAGGUGUGUGUGUGUGGGUGUGUGUGUGUGUAGGUGUGUGUGUAUGUGUGUGUGUGUGUGUGUGUAGGUGUGUGUGUAGGUGUGUGUGUGUGUGUGUGUGUGUGUGUGUGUGUGUGUGUGUGUGUUUCAGCAGGUGAGGAUCAUGUCUCUGGAAUGCCUCCUGGCCCAACCUUAAUGCUGUUCGGAGCAGGAAGUUCCUCAGACGUGUUUCUGCGUCCUCCAGCAGCGGUGGUCCGGUCCGGUCCGGUCCAGUCCGGCUCCUGGUUCCUUCUCCAUGGACUCUCACAUCAAAACAGGCAAAGUUUACCUGAAGCCGCUCAAACCCCACAAAAAAUGGAAACCGGUCAGGCUGUCCCUGUUCGCGCCCAGCAGCAGCGGCGGGCCGCCUGGAGAUCGGGGACGGCGGAGGGGGCGCUGAGCUGCGGAAGCCCCACCAGCUUCACGGGGAGAAGAAGGUGAAGGUGGUGCACCUGAUGGAGCUGAUCUCCGUCCUGAGGCUUCCUCCCAAUGCCGAGGCCUGCCACCUGGACAACAUGUCCACGUUCUGUGUGGAGACCAAAGACAGGACCCUGGUGUUCGCCGCUGCCAAAGACGACUGCCUGGAGUGGGUGGACAAGCUGCGUCACUGCAGCUUCCAGAGAGAGAAAAGUUCUGGAUCCAGUCAGGUCCACAUGGAGGAGAACCAGAUUUAUGCCUCAGCAGACGAAGCCCCUCAGUUCUGGGUGGUGGUUCAGAAGAACGACGCAGCGACGCGACGAGGCCUGCAGGGGUCGCACUGGCUGCAGCUGGAACAACAUUCGCUGCUGCUGAGAGACACGAAGAAGAAGACGAAGGUGAUGGAGUGGCCCUACGAGCUACUGAGGCGAUACGGCCAUGAUAAGGUGUCCCUCACCAUUGAAGCAGGUCGGCGCUGUGAAUCUGGUCCUGGAACCUUCUGCUUUGAGACUCAGCAGGCUGACAAGAUCUUCAACCUGAUCCAGAGUAACAUCAAGCGAAACGCUCCGGCUGCUGCUUCUGGAUCCCAGAGCCAAGACACGGAGAAAGUGCUUGUCACCAACGUUCAACCUCAUUCCCCUCUACCCAAAGUCCGUGACAUGACCAACAAGGCUGACAUCCUGGAGAACAAGCUGAGGAUGCAGGACCGGAGAUCCCCGGUGUUUGACAAUACAGCAAAGGUUCUGGAUGAUUCGGUUGGUCCGUCAGAAGGUUCUCCUGCUCCGAUCACCUUGAUGCCGCUUCCAUCUAUUCCUACGCAGGACAAUACCUCCAGAGACAAACUCAAGAGCCAAUCCAAUGCCAUAUAUGCUGAUCCAAAUGACUGUGGCCCGUCUAUUAUGGUACCCAAACUGGCCACCGCUCAGUACAUCGACCCGGCGAGGAUCCUUCCUCUGAAGCCACCGUUGUCACUGGACCCUGCACUUCCCAACGCCUCAGACUCAAAUCCCGAUGCGAGGGCCGGCGUUCCAGACUCGGUUUACUCAGAGGUUUACGACAAAAUCAGCCCAGACAAGAAAAAGCAACCCGUUCUACAGAACGCAACAACAACGUCCGAUGAACCCAUUUACUCUGAGCCCGUCUCCAGAAAAGAGCCAGACUGCCAGAAGCCUGAACCCAAACCCGACCCAUUCGCACACCUGUACGCUCAGGUCUGCAAAGCACCAACGUCAAGUAGGAAACUCAACGCCUGUCACCACAACGACGACUUCCUCAACCACGACGGGUUCUUCGACGUCCAGAGAGGAACCUCUGGACGAUGUCAUCUAUGAGAACCUGGGCAUCAUUUAAAUCACUACCUGACAUCUGGAACUCAAGACUUUUUCAGUUUUUCUGUUUUCUUGGCUUUAUGUAAAUUAGCCAGAUUUGUUCUGCUGUGAUAUGAACAUGUUUCACCAGUCAGGACUUGACCUGCAUUUUUAACACAUUAAAUAUGUUUAUUUUAA